AUGCAGAGAGCGGUGCUACUGCUCUGUUGGCUGCCGCUCCUCAACCACUGCCACGCCGUACAUCCAGGUUGCUCAUGCGUUGUCUAUAGCAGCUCUGACAGACCUCAGGGUGGCACAUUUACAUCCCCUUACUACCCCAAACAAUAUCCGUCGAACAUCGAUUGCCUGCUUUACACUUUCGUCGGCCAACCUGACGAAAUCGUUGAGCUGUCAUUUCAUCACUUCAAUAUCCGUCGUGCCCGACCCGAUUGCAUGGGGGGCGAUUUUGUAAAAGUGUUUCUACAUUUGGAGACCACCGGUGUUUCCGAGUACACUCCAUGGUCUGGUGUACUUUGCGGUGAACUACGUGACAUCCCGCAAAUAUUGUACAGUUCGAGAUCUACGCUUAUUUUGGAACUUCACACCCAGGGACUUCCAUCGAAUACGACUGGCUCCGGCUUUUUCGGGAAUUUUCGGUUCAUCGACAGACGACUGUUCGAGACGGACGGUGUGCUGAUUCCGAGCACGAUGUGUGACCUCGAGUUUGUCAGUUCGCAGUCGUCGCCACAGUACGGACGAUUCUACUCGCCGCGGUACCCGUCCUCUUACCCAAAGAACAUCCGGUGCUUGUACCUCUUCCGGGCAAGAUUGAAGGAGAGGAUUCGAUUAGUUUUCGAGGAAAUCUCUCUACAAAAAGGAGACUUGAGUUGCCUGAAUAGGGCGGAUUUAAUCAGAGUGCACGACGGAACGGAUUCAGGGGCACCCACAAUAGCCGUGCUCUGCAACCAAGGAGCGGAAGUGGAAGUACUCAGCACCGGGCCAGACCUGUACGUCGAGUUCGUCGCUAAUUCCGAGUGGCCGGGCCAAGGAUUCAAGGCGAUGUUCCAAUUCCAGCCAUUGGACGAUGCACCGCAUCCUGAGCCGGACAAGGUCAUCCCAGGGGCCGUUACCGGUAACCCCAAGUACUCGGUCAUCGGACCAGCUGUCAGCGCUACCAGUAAGUAUAUCACUCUACGUCGACGAUUUAUUAUCUCUCUCAAUCAAUAA